AUGUUGUACAGAGUAUCUGGAUUUUACAAACGCCACACCCGAAAUUUCACCAAUAUUGACUAUGGUUACUACAUUAGAAAUUUUAUCCACCAUAUAGCAUCAAAAAUAUAUCCUUAUGCCAAGGUUGUGCUACCCAAUUUUCGGGCAGCUCACUAUUUCUACAUUCUUACCUUGGUCAUUUUGGGGUCGAUAUUGGUGUAUCCAGUAAAGACAUGUGCAUAUAUUGAUGUUUUGUUUUUCACGGCGGGGGCGUCUACGCAAGCAGGUUUGAAUACCGUCAAUGUCAACGACCUAUCCCUAUACCAACAAAUUGUAUUGUAUUUGUUGGCCACUUUGGCGACGCCGAUAUUUAUUCAUGGCUCCUUGCUUUUUGUUAGACUUUACUACUUUGAGCGUCAUUUUGAUAAUAUCAAAGAGCGUUCCUUAAUGGAUUAUAGAAUGAGAAAGUCUGCAACACUUGCAAGGUUGGGAUCUGCACCAACAAUGAGUUCAACAAGAUUAAACACUUUCAACAACCAAGUAUUGGGUUUUCAAGAACGAGAGGCAGAGAAGGGUUCGUCUUCAUCUCCUCAGUCAUCUUCAUCACAAACAAGCCAGCCGGUUCUGACAGCUUACAAUGAUCAAGGUGGGAAUGAUAUAGAACACCAUAGUGAGCCUUCAGACAGCGAUGAUGAUGAGAGUGGUAAUGGGCCUGUUACUUUCCAGGAGAAGAUUCAUUUUGAAGAGCCACAGAGACCAAGAUCUCAACGUCGACACAGCCGUACUGAUUCUGGUAUCAAGUUCAGUGCUUUGCCUCAUCCGAGAAGAAGGAAGUCGAUUGACCCUGAAGAUAUGUACCGAUCGAUAAACAUGUUGCAAGAGCAUAAGAAAAACCAAGAGGCUAAAUCCAAGGGAAUUCAGUUUUUGAACAUUGGUUCUCCGGUCCGUAGGAAAUCACGCAGUUCAAACAUUGAGGCUUUUCCAGAGGAGGAUACUAAUCCUCUGCGUGGUGAUGAGAUCACUCCAGCAACAAAUAGUGUCGGUACUGGCAAUAACGACGAGGAUGAAGAUGAUAUUUUGAUUAUCAAACCACCAAUAGAAAUAGAGAACUCAGAUGAAGCAAACCCGAUUUUCACCAAGAAGAAGAAACUCGCAUCACAGAUUCAAUUUAAAGAGACCCCUGGGAAAGCAAAGAAAUGGAUUACCACGAAAACGCGCAAACAUUAUAACCCUUGGACAAGCAAGUUGAAGAAAACAUUAUCAAAUUCAAGUAAAAAAGGGUCUCUAAGUGUUGUGCCGACAGAUACCGAGGAUGACAGCGAAGAUGAAGAAUAUGCAUCGAUAGAUUCUGAAACCAGUGAUAUCUCAGAUAACGAACAUGCUGCCGACAACGCUGAAGGAAGCGAUGUUGAUAGUGUAGGGUCAUACGAGGAAGAUGAAGAUGAAGAUGAACACAAUAGUGAUGACGAUGAUGAUGGUGAAGGUGAAAGGAGACUAGGAAAUGGCGCAUCUUUAACCAAAGCUCAAUCACAUUUGGUGUUGCCAUCAAAGGAUGAGACGGGUGGAAAGAAAUACACCAAGAGGAGCAACACACUCGAUACUCCACAACAAAACACAAGCGAUGGGCGCAAAAUUCGAAAGAAAGCACCAAAGCGGAAAACCCCAAGAACACAGAGAAAUGCAUCUUUCAAUCAACAUUCGAAUGUCUCAAUUGGUGAUGGUUCUAUAGAAAAUGUGGACACGAACGAUUCCUACCAGAGAUUGUCGCGAACAAUGAGUGGCAAUUAUCUAUCGUGGACGCCUACUGUUGGUCGGAAUUCUACGUUUAUUAAGUUGACGGACGAGCAGAAAGAGGAAUUAGGAGGUAUUGAGUAUCGGGCAGUUAAGUUGUUGAUCAAAAUUAUUGUUGUCUAUUAUGUGGGGUUCAAUAUUAUCCCUGGUGUAAUGUUGCUGAUAUGGAUAUAUUGUAUGCCUCACUAUAAAAACUUGAUGAUAAGCAGUUCCAUCUCACCCGCCUGGUGGGCGUUUUUCACACUGCAGUCGUCAUUCAACGAUUUGGGGCUCACUUUAACGUCCAAUUCGAUGAUGUCUUUCAACCAGAAUGCGUUUGUACAAAUCCUUUGUUCAUUUUUGAUUGUUAUCGGUAACACGGGGUUCCCAAUAUUAUUGAGAUUUAUAAUCUGGGUCAUGUUCAAAACAGCAAGACCAUUAUCUUUGUACAAGGAGUCCUUGGGGUUCUUAUUAGAUCAUCCACGUCGCUGUUUUACGUUGUUGUUUCCUUCUGUUCCUACUUGGUGGUUGUUCUUUAUAUUGGUAGUAUUGAAUGGGUUUGACUUGGUCAUAUUCUGUAUACUUGAUCUCCAUGAUGACACUUUCAAAGGGGUUGAUAUGGGGUACAGGGUUUUGAAUGGUUUGUUUCAAGCAUUCUGUACUAGAACAGUGGGAUUUUCAGUAAUGGAUUUAUCGCAGUUGCAUGCAGCGACUCAGGUGAGUUACUUGAUCAUGAUGUAUAUUUCUGUUUUGCCCAUUGCUAUUUCCGUGAGAAGAACCAAUGUUUAUGAAGAACAGUCGUUGGGGGUAUAUGCCAAGGAGAAUGCAGAGGGUGUUGAUGAGAGUGCGCCAUCAAACUAUGUUGGGUCGCAUUUGAGAAACCAAUUGUCAUAUGAUUUGUGGUAUAUUUGUCUAGGGCUAUUCAUAAUUUGUAUUGCCGAGGGUAAGAGAUUGAAGGAGCAGGACCUACGUUUUUCGAUUUUUGCAGUUCUUUUUGAGAUAGUCAGUGCAUAUGGUACGGUGGGGAUGUCUAUGGGAUAUCCAGGCGUGGACUGCUCUCUUAGUGGUGAAUUCAAUGUCAUUUCAAAGUUGGUGAUUAUUGCGAUGAUGAUAAGAGGAAGACAUAGAGGGUUGCCAUACACUAUCGAUCGUGCUAUUAUGCUACCUAACGCGGCUAUGAAACGUCAUGACAGAUUGCAAGAAGAGCACGCAAUCAAUAGACACAAUACUAUGGAAAGAACAACCACACUAGGUCGUGUUGCCACUUUUGGAAAUGGUCCAAUCGACGGGGGCAAUAAUUUGUUAACUCGAGCAAUCACCAACAUCGAGCACAGAUUGAGGAACAGAAGAGAUGGGCGGUCUGAGAGUCUGACUGUGAGUGAAGAUCCUCGUUAUGUAGUAAGAACUGUGAGUGAAGUAUGA